GGCCGAGGCUCCCCGAGCCCGGGCUGGGGCGCCUCCCGCUGCGGACCCCGGUGACACUGCCGGCUCCCUCCCUCCAGGGGCGGGCGGGGCAGCCAUGCUCCUGUCCGGGGGCGACCCUCCGGCGCAGGAAUGGGUUAUGGUGCAGACGAAAUCCAAGCCCCGUGUGCAGCGGCAGCGGCUCCAAGUGCAGCGCAUCUUCAGGGUCAAGCUGAGCGCCUUCCAGAGCCGCCCGGACAGCCCCUACUUCUGGCUGCAGCUCGAGGGGCCCAGGGAGAACAUGGGCAAAGCCAAGGAGUAUCUGAAAGGUCUGUGCAGCCCCGAGCUGUGGAAGGAGGUUCGCUACCCGCCGGCCCUGCACUGUGCCUUCCUUGGGGCCCAGGGCCUCUUCCUCGACUGCCUCUGCUGGAGCACUCUGGCCUACCUGGUGCCUGGCCCCCCUGGCUCCCUAAUGGUGGGUGGGCUGACCGAGUCUUUCAUCAUGACCCAGAACUGGCUGGAGGAGCUGGUGGGGCGGCUGCGCUGGGGCCCUGCCCCUCUGCUCACUCCCCGGGGGAUCUGGGAGGCCGAGGUGACCCGGGCCUUUGGGGCCCUGGUCUGGAUCCGUGGUGACCAGUAUGCAGGGGACCUGCUGCAGCUGCCCCCAGCGGUCCAGGAGCUGCUGCUCAGCCUGGUGCGGGAUGCUGCGGGCAAGGAGGACAUCAUCGAGUGGCUCAGCCGCAUUGGCACCUCCGACUCCCGCUCCGACCCGGAGGUCCUGAUCUGCCCUCCCCACCAGCAGAAGGAAGGCCCGGCCAUGGUGUCCGUGGGAGAUGGUCCUGGGCCCCUCCUGGAGAUAGGGACCUUCCAGAGUGGGAGCUCAGAAAAUUCAAAGAGAUUAACCAGCCUAGGAGCCGCCAGGUCCCUAGUCUCGGGCACCCCAAGUCAGAACACACAGCAGGAGACAGCAAACCAGCCGGUACGGGUCGGUUCCAACAACCACGGUGGUACGGACAGCGCUCGUGAGGAAGGGCCAGUGCAAGCCACCAGCAGCCAGGACUCUGCGAACCACACACAAGCCUUGUCACAGCAGAAGCAGGUCCAGAGGGUGGAAGACAAACUCCCCCUCCAGCCUCCAGUGUCGGCCCUGAGUGUGUGCCCGCCCUGGAAGGCCUGGGCCCCGGGGCCAGCCUUUGGGCCCUUUUGGCCAGGGGCUAUUGCUGCAACCUUCUGGAGGAUCAAUGAACUGCAUUCUCUCCACCUGGCCUGGCUCCUGUCCCAGGCGUGCCUCAGUUUCCCCUUCUGGCAGAGGCCACUGGGCCCUAUUCAGUUCAAGCUGCCAGGGCAGAAUCCAUUGCCCUUAAAUCUGGAGUGGAAGCAGAAGGAGCUGGUUCCUUUGCCCAGUGUGGAAAGCCCGGAUUGUAGACCCGAUGGGGGGCCAGGAGGAGAGGCAGCCCUACACAAUUGCCCGAGGCCAGAGACCCCCAAAAAAGUCAUGAGUUUACUGGUGGUGUCAGGGAGCUCGGGUGUAAAGGACAAGGCGAGCCCAGGACUUCCACAGAUAGGGCCACCUUUGACCUUGACACCCCAACUCCAAGCUGGAAGUGAGCUGGGGGAUCAAAGAAGUGUGCAGUGCGAUUGUAAGGGGCCAGAAGAGGGGCCCUUUCCAGCGUCCCCUGCAGGGCAAGGGGUGCCUCCAGCUCAAGAGAGGCCCUUGGCUCACGGGGGGCUGACAGCUCAGUCAGUCCCUGAUGCUCAAACAGUGCCUGAAACUCUCACAGUGCCCAUGACUGCAGCAGUGCCCAUGGCUCAGCCCUCACUUGUGAACCAAGAGCUGCCUGCAGCCCCCACAGUGCCUACAGCUCAGAUGGUGCCAGCCAUCCACGCAGAACCUGCAGCCCGCAAAGUGCCUUCGGCUCCAACAAAGCUGGCAGCUCAAGUGGUGCCCACAGCUCCACAGGCAGCCGUGGCCCAGCCGGUGUCGGCAGCUCAAAUGGUGCCUGCAACUCCCAAAACCCCCAUGGUUCGGAAAAUGCCUGCGGCGAAAAUGUCACUUGCAGGUCCCAAAACACCCAAGGCUCACACGGGGCCUGCAGCUAAAACAGGGUCUACAGCCCCCAAAGCACCUGUGGCCCCCAAAGCCCCCAGGGCGCCCCAAACGCCUGCAGCUCAGAAGGCACUCACAGAUCCAGGGCCAACCUCAGAUGCAGCCAAACUCCGGAGUGAGUGCCAGCCUUCAUCAAGGGGCAGUGCUUCCUUCCCAAAGGGCCAGGGGGAGGCCAGAAGGCAGGGUCCCGAGUCCAGCAGCACUGUGGCCCCCAGUAGUAAGCACCAACCUCAGGUGGACAGAUUCCUGGGGACUUGGGAGGGGGCCCCGAGGCAGCCGGCUCGCCACCCACAGGUGAACAACACGGUGACCAGCUUCCAGAGGUACCACGAGGCCCUGAAUACGCCCUUCGAGCUGAACCUGUCGGGGGAGCCCGGGGACCAGGGAUUGCGGCGAGUGGUCAUUGACGGCAGCAGCGUGGCCAUGGUGCACGGCCUCCAGCACUUCUUCUCCUGCCGUGGCAUUGCCAUGGCAGUGCAGUAUUUCUGGAACCGGGGACACCGAGAGGUCACUGUGUUUGUACCCACCUGGCAGCUGAAGAAAAACCGGAGAGUGAGAGAAAGCCACUUUCUGACGAAGCUACACUCCCUCAAGAUGCUUUCAAUCACCCCCUCCCAACUCGAGAACGGCAAGAAGAUCGCCACCUACGAUUAUAGGUUCAUGGUAAAGCUGGCAGAGGAGACAGAUGGCAUCAUCGUCACCAAUGAGCAGCUCCACAUCCUGAUGAAUAAUUCCAAGAAACUGAUGGUCAAAGAUCGCUUGCUGCCCUUCACCUUUGCGGGGAAUCUCUUCAUGGUGCCCGAUGACCCCCUGGGCCGUGAUGGCCCCACCCUGGAUGAGUUUCUGAAAAAGCCAAACAGGUUGGACACCGACAUUGGCAACUUCCUGAAAGUGUGGAAGACUCUUCCUCCCAGCUCAGCCAGCAUCUCUGAGCUGAGUGACGAUGCUGACCCUGGACCCCCGGAAAGUCCGCAGACUGUGGAAGAAGUCAAGGAGGAGAAGGAGGAGAGGCAGGACGAGGAGCAGAGGGAGGGGCAGGGGAUGCACCAGCCCGCCGAGGAAGAUGACCUGGACUCUUCGCUGGCGUCGGUGUUCAGGGCUGAGUGCCCCUCCCUUUCAGAGGAAAUCCUCCGCUGCCUCAGCCUCCAUGACCCCUCCGACGGGGCCCUGGACAUUGAUCUCCUGCCGGCUGUGGCUUCUCCCCACCUGGGUGUCCCUUGGGAUGGGAAGGCUCCCUGCCAGCAGGUUCUUGCCCACCUGGCCCAGCUGACCAUCCCCAGCAACUUCACUGCCCUCUCCUUCUUCGUGGGGUUCAUGGACUCCCACCGGGAUGUCAUCCCCGACUACGAAGCCCUGGUGGGCCCCCUGCACAGCCUCCUCAAGCAGAAGCCGGACUGGCAGUGGGACCGGGAGCACGAGAAGGCCUUCCUGGCCCUGAAGCGAGCCCUGGUGUCUGCCCUCUGCCUGAUGGUCCCCAACCCCCAGCUGCCCUUUCACCUGGAGGUGACGGUGAGCCACGUGGCCCUGACGGCCACUGUCUAUCAGGAGCACUCAGGAAGGAAGCACCCCAUAGCCUAUACCUCCAAACCCCUCCUCCCGGACGAGGACAGCGAGGGCCCCCAGUCGGGGGGAGACAGCCCCUAUGCGGUGGCCUGGGCCCUCAAGCAUUUUUCCCGCUGCAUUGGAGACAGCCCGGUGGUCCUGGACCUGUCCUAUGCCUCCCGGGCCACUGUGGACCCCGAGGCCCGGGAAGACCGCAGGGUUUCCAAAGCAUGGUUGAUCCGCUGGUCCCUCUUGGUCCAGGACAAAGGCAAGCGGGCCCUGGAACUGACGCUUCUCCAGGGCCUGCUGGGCGGGAACCGGCUGCUGACGCCCGCAUCCUCAAUGCCUCGUUUCUUCCAGGUUCUGCCGCCUUUUUCCGACCUGUCCACUUUUGUCUGUAUCCACAUGUCAGGCUAUUGCUUUUACCGUGAGGAUGAGUGGUGUGCUGGCUUUGGUCUCUAUGUCCUGUCUCCCACCAGCGCCCCCGUCUCCCUUUCCUUCUCUUGCUCCCCUUACACCCCAACCUAUGCCCACCUGGCUGCCGUGGCCUGUGGCUUGGAGCGCUUUGGCCAAUCCCACCUCCCUGUGGUUUUCCUCACGCAUUGCAACUGGAUCUUCAGCCUCCUCUGGGAGCUCCUGCCCCUCUGGAGGGCUCGGGGCUUCCUCUCCUCCGACGGGGCUCCGCUACCUCACCCAAGCCUGCUCUCCUACAUCAUAUCCCUCACCUCUGGCCUCUCGUCCCUUCCCUUUAUCUACCGAACCUCCUACCGUGGCUCCCUGUUUGCUGUGACAGUGGACACUCUGGCCAAACAGGGUGCGCAGGGAGGCGGGCAGUGGUGGAAUUUGCCAAAGGAUGUGCCAGCCCCGGUCGUGUCUCCCCAUGCCAUGGGCAAGAGGCCCGACUUGCUGGCGUUACAACUGAGCGACAGCACCCUGGCCGAUGUCAUUGCCAAGCUGCAGGCCGGGCAGAAGUUGUCUAGCUCCUCACCCUUCAGUUCUGCCUUUAACUCACUCAGCCUCGACAAGGAGAGCGGCCUGCUGCUGUUCAAGGGAGAUAAGAAGCCCAGGGUCUGGGUGGUCCCGAGGCAACUCCGGAGGGAUCUGAUUUUCUCUGUGCAUGACCUCCCCAUGGGGGCCCACCAGAGGCCUGAGGAGACCUACAAGAAGUUGCGGUUGCUGGGGUGGUGGCCGGGGAUGCAGGAGCAUGUGAGAGAUUACUGCAGGAGCUGCUUGUUCUGCAUCCCCCGGAACCUCAUAGGCAGUGAGUUGAAGGUUAUUGAGUCCCUGUGGCCCCUCAGGUCAACCGCCCCCUGGUCAAACCUGCAGAUCGAGGUGGUGGGCCCGGUCACCAUAAGUGAGGAGGGCCACAAGCAUGUGCUGAUUGUGGCCGACCCCAACACCAGGUGGGUGGAGGCGUUCCCGCUGAAGCCCUACACACACACGGCGGUGGCCCAGCUGCUGCUCCAGCACGUGUUUGCGAGGUGGGGUGUUCCUGUGAGGCUGGAGGCCGCCCAGGGCCCCCAGUUUGCCCGCCAUGUCCUGGUGAGCUGUGGGCUGGCCCUGGGGGCCCAGGUGGCCUCCCUGAGCAGGGACCUCCAGUUCCCGUGCCUGACGAGCUCAGGGGCCUACUGGGAAUUCAAGAGGGCCCUCAAGGAGUUCAUCUUCCUGCAUGGCAAGAAGUGGGCGGCUUCCCUGCCCUUGCUGCACCUGGCCUUCAGGGCCUCCUCCAGCCAGGCCACGCCGGUCCAGAUCCUGACAGGGGCCGAGGUGAGGCUGACCGAGCCCCUGUGGUGGGAAAUGAGCAGCGCAAACAUCGAAGGGCUCAAGAUGGACGUCUUCCUGCUGCAGCUGAUGCGGGAGCUCCUGGAGCUCCAUUGCAGGGUGGCUGACAAGGCGAGCGAAAAGGCCGAGAACAGGCGUUUCAGGCGGGAGAGCCAGGAGAAGGAGUGGAACGUGGGCGACCAGGUCCUCCUGCUGUCCCUCCCCAGGAACGGCAGCAGCGCCAAAUGGGUGGGCCCCUUCUAUAUCGGGGACCGGCUGAGCCUGUCUCUCUACAGGGUCUGGGGCUUCCCGACCCCGGAGAAACUUGGGUGCAUCUAUCCCAGCAGUCUGAUGAAGGCCUUUGCCAAGAGUGGCACUCCCCUGUCCUUCAAGGUCUUGGAGCAGUGAGCUGGAGCAGUGGGGGAGCCCUGGCCCCUGGGUUCUGAGCUGAUGCUGCCAGGCCUCCCCCUGCCCCAGCAGUGUUCUUACAGCCCCCUGGGGGCCUCCGUCGUGCCUUUUGUAGAGAAGUUACUUCAUAAAGCUUUGCUGAGUUGCCUUGAACUGGGCACCAGCGUCUGUAUGGACACAUCCCCCGUUUGGGGUAUUGGGAGAAUCUGCCAAGGGCUGUCUGAUGUGGUUCUCUGGCAGUUUUACCCUGAGGGGUAGAAAGUCCCCUUACUAAGGUAGGCCAGGCUCAAUGUCUUUCCCCAAGGAUGCCCUUAGCCCUGUCACACAUGUGCAGGUAUACAUGCACAUGUCACUCCUGGCUAUCUUAAGCAUGAAACAGUGUGGCUCUGGACCUCAGAAUCAGAACCAUGUUUGCCUCUCAAACACAAACCUCAGAUAUAGACUCCUCCCCCGACCUGUUCAACCGGGCACCCUUCGCCCUUGGAGUUGUCACAGCUGACAAAUCCAUGCGGGCUGUGGAGAGGCAGCCUGUUCCCAGUCUCGUGGUCAGCUCUCUCAGGCCAGACUAGGCCCGCCCAGCUGUCAAGGGAGGGCUGGCAGUCCUGGGCCUCAAGGCUCGGAGCUGGGGUGGGAGGACGGCCAGCCAUGUAGGUGUGAAAGGACAAGGGGGAGACUGAGUCAGCCUACCUCAUUUGACUCCAGCCAAUGGAGACAGCCCCCUGACCCAUGCUUUGAUGGUGUCAACCCCACAGGAAUCAAGGAUCUUGAUGCCAAGUGUGGCAUCUCUAACUGAAAAGCUGCUUCAACUAGGCCAAGGGGCCCAGGCCUCUGUUUCAAGGGGGCGGGUUUCUGAAAUGAGCAGUCUGGCACUCAAAGAGGUGCUGGCUCUACCUCUCAGCCCCACCCCAGAGCCCACAGCCCUCUCCUCCUCCCGCCUCCACUGUACCCUGCAUCCCCAGACCCUACAUAGUGUGUGACUGCUUUGAUUGGAUCUCGCCCCAUUCCCUGGACCUGACUUCUGUAGAGCAAAACCCGGGAUCCCUCAGAGCCACUCUGCAAUGAUUGCUCUUGUAGCAAGAGGGAGUUUCUUCUAGGUGUGCGUGCUUCCACUCACUCCUCUGAACUGGAGUAAAGGCCAGCACCACAUCACUCUGGCUGGGCCCCUUAGUUUUAUUUCUCCAAAGCUGAGCUGGUCUCCUGGCCUAGCUCAGGUUGCCAAAUCACUUGGCAUUGCUAGAACCAGAGGAGAAUCUGCCAUCGAGUCCAAUUUGUUUGUUUUAUAGUCAAGGAAAGAGGCCCAGAGAGGCAAAGUGACUUGCCCAAAGUCACACAGCUAGUUCGUGGCUGAGCUGGGGCCAGGAUUAAGCUUCCUGACUCUCAGUUCACCAUAGACCGGGUUCUGGAGACAGGUUCAAGCGAGAGAAUCCCUCAAAAUCCUAUACUCAUAUUCCUUCCAACUCCCCAUCUCCCAAGUCUAGUAGACAAUCUACUUAGAUGUUGCCCUUAAACCAUUUCCUGCUGCUAAUUUUGUCCGGGAAAGAAUGAUUGGGUGACAGCUGAGAAAUUGAAAGGUGAGCCGUGGGAUUUUUAGCAGAUCCUUCUUUCCCUCUCCUCCUCUCCCUCCUCUGCCUCUCCUCUUCCCCUUCCUCCCUCUAAUGGUACAUCCAGCCUCCUUCUCCCUCCCCAGUGCUGUACCCCUUCCCCCUGUUAACCACAUUUAUCAUCUUAUACCCUUUUAUGUGACUUUUUUUCAUUUGAUUUGUCAAUAAACGGAUCAAAAUGGA